AACCGGCGCAAUGGGAAACUCGUCGUCGAGUUCAUCCCGAAUCAACAAAAAAUCCGAAUCCAUGGAGAUUCGGAGCAAGCCGAACAGGUCAUCAGUUUCUGGCGAGUUUAACAAAAGCAAGAGCAUGAUGGACAUGAGCUCCAAAAGCUCAAGAAUGUCAACAUCGACGGCUUCGAACACAUCUAGACAAAAGAGUAUCACCAGUAUCAAAGACAAAGAUCGGCCGAAAAGUUCACGGGAAAGUAAAAACAUAGAGAUCUCACGGACAAAAUCCAUGAGAAAAGAUAGUCAUCCAAUUUCUGCGCAGGGUAGAGAAAUUAUCACACAAUGCUUUGAGAAUCCACAUUCCGAAUUUGCAAAUAAGGUUGUGCAAAGGAUUUUCGAAAAACGAGAGGACUACCAAAAGUACAUUAUGAAUUUGGGAAAGGAGAGAAGUUCCAUUGUAAAUAAUCGACUGAAACAGCUCGUGGAAGAUAUUGUCGCACAUAUUCACGAUGCCGAUUUCAUUGAAAGCGUCUCAAAGCAGUACGGCGAAGAGCACGUGGAAUUAAAACAGUACGGUUUUAAACCUGAUUUCUGGGUUGCUGUAGCGGAUGCGAUGACUCUGGAAGGAGUAAUUUUAGACAUGGCUAAUCAUCAGCCAGCGGACACAGUAUCGGCCUGGUCCUCAUUAGUUACAAUGAUUUUCUCAUCCGUCCGUGACGGAUACUAUUCCGAGCUGCGACGUCAUCGAAUGAGUUCACGGCGAACGCUAAAACAUCAGAGUACGGUGGAUUCAAGGGAGGAAAAUAAUGAGCCAUCAUCGUCACAUAGCAAUGGCAUGGCCACAACAGCAGCUGGGUUACUUGGUCAGAGGGAUCAUUCGAAGAGCACACCAAUUCAAAUGACUGAGGAAGCAACACCUAGAAAUAUUCUAGCAAACUCCCGGCGAGAUACACUCCGAAGUGUGUCUACAUAUUCCACUGAGUCCACAUCACAUUCCGGCAAACGAAAUGGUUCUGACGCUCCUUCAACGUCUUCUACAACAAGCAGCACAACCAGACGCCCGAUCUUCGAAUAAUUUAUAAAACAUAUAAUUAUGGGUACAACAAUUUCUCAUUCAAAUUUUUACAAUAACCAACUUUCUUUCUUCCUUUCCGUUUCCCUUGUUUUUUUUCUUAUUUUCUCCUGGAAAACAUACUGUUGUUCAAUUCAUAUUUUGCUAUUUCUCGCUUCAAACUUGUGAAACCGUAUUCCACACUUGCCAUCAGGCUAUAUUUUGCAAUGAACAUUUUAUUUGGUG